ACUCUCCCUCCGAUCCAGUUUCUUUUCCGUUGCACCUAAUGGUGUAAUUUCGGUUCCGAUCUAUAGGCUAAGUCUUGCCUAAUCUUGGCCUUUUCCAAUCUGUCUCUUCCUCUGCCUUAUAUGACUCUUUCUUCCACAACCCCACAAUUCAAUCAACUUCCUUUUCUCCCUUUCAUGUGGCAUUUCUUUUCGAUUGUAACGUUUUCCUUUUCUUGUAUUCUUUGGUUCUUUUUUCUUUACAAUUUAUAAAGUGUAGAUCCGUUUUGUUUCUGGGUUGUGUUUUUCUUUUUGGUUCACUCGUAAAAAUUUGAAACUUGUCUGUGGUUUUUCUUUAUGGAGGGCGUAGAUUUUCGUCGGCGUGGUUUAGUGGCACAUGCUCCUCCUCCUGGUUACUUUGUUCAUCUGGAGGAUACUAGUUCUGAACAACACUAUAUGAGUAAGAAAUCCAGGAUGCGUCGGUGGCUUUGUUGUACUUCUCAAGUAGAAGAGUCGUCGUACCCCUCAAAUGAAAAUGAGCGCCUGAAAAGCCCAGGGAAUCAUACAGAUGGUGGGCCCCAAAGAGGUGCUAAGGUGUCACCUCCUGUUAAAUCUGAAGUACAAAAGCCACCACCACCUAUUGAAGUGCCUGCUUUGUCUCUGGAUGAACUGAAAGAAAAUACUGAUAAUUUUGGAUCGAAGGCUUUGAUUGGUGAAGGAUCCUAUGGAAGAGUUUAUUAUGCGAACUUAAGUAAUGGGAAAGCUGUUGCGGUGAAAAAGCUUGAUGUUUCAUCUGAACCUGAGUCAAAUAUUGAGUUCCUAUCACAGGUUUCUAGGGUCUCGAGAAUGAAGCAUGAAAAUCUUGUUGAGCUACUUGGUUACUAUGUAGAGGGAAACCUCCGUGUGCUUGCAUAUGAGUUUGCAACCAUGGGAUCUUUACAUGACAUAUUGCAUGGUAGGAAGGGAGUUCAAGGGGCACAACCAGGUCCAACACUUGACUGGAUGCAGCGUGUUAGAAUUGCAGUUGAUGCAGCUAGGGGAUUGGAAUAUUUACAUGAGAAGCUUCAACCCUCCAUAAUACAUAGAGAUAUAAGAUCUAGCAAUGUGCUUCUAUUUGAAGACUUCAAAGCCAAGAUCGCAGAUUUUAACCUCUCAAAUCAGGCUCCAGACAUGGCUGCUCGUCUCCAUUCUACAAGAGUUUUGGGAACCUUUGGCUACCAUGCUCCUGAGUAUGCAAUGACAGGACAGUUAACCCAGAAGAGUGAUGUCUACAGCUUUGGGGUUGUUCUUCUAGAGCUUCUGACUGGGAGGAAACCUGUUGAUCAUACCAUGCCACGGGGACAACAGAGUCUUGUGACUUGGGCUACUCCAAGGUUGAGUGAAGACAAAGUUAAACAGUGUGUAGAUCCAAAACUGAAGGGAGAAUAUCCUCCUAAAGGAAUUGCCAAGCUGGCAGCUGUGGCGGCAUUGUGUGUGCAGUAUGAAGCUGAGUUCCGGCCGAAUAUGAGCAUUGUCGUUAAGGCUCUGCAGCCACUUCUGAAGUCUCCUGCCCCAGCUCGUGAUACUUGAACUUGGUUUCCUUGUGUUGGAAUUAUCCCUGUGCACAGUUUGGUUUUAUUUGUCUGCGGACUUCAUCAAUUUCUAUAUAUAUUCAAAGAAAUUUUCGUAUAUGAGAUGAAAUGUGUAGGAAUGAAUUGGCCCUUCGAUGCCAUUGCUAAAUUCUGUUGCUGGUACUGCAUUGGGUUCUGAAGUCUGGAGUAUUUGCCUAUGGAUUGUGUGUGAUGUAUAUGCUGGUUGCUGGUACUCCUUGUAUUUAUUGUCUCCUCCUGUUUUGUACUCUGGUUGGUUGGGCCAUAUACAUGUAUUUUUCUUAGUUUUCAAUUUCUGAUUUAGCAGAACAAAGUGGAUCUGAAAUAUAGUUUGCAA